AUGACAGGAAUAGCGAACAAACAACAGAUUUUGGAGCACGACAGCGACUUCCCCACGAAUCACUCGAUUCCGCAGUUCAACUCCAAGUACACGGCCGAGACCUUUGGUGCGUCCGAGGCAUUGGCGUCGUCUGCGCAGCGCAAGAACAAAUCGCAGGAGUCCAGUCCGCUCGCGUCGCCCACCACGUCCCGACGCUCGUCCCGGUUCCCCUCGGUGAACCCCGUUUCGCCGUCGAGCUCGUCGCUGGCGCUCAGCCAGGACGCCCACGCCGCCGCGCACGCGGCGCCCGUGCACGAGCCCCGCGACAAUGGCUCGCGGCGUCCGUCAAGCAGCCACGGCGCCAUAGGCGUUCCCAAGUCGUACAAAGGCUUCCACGGCCGGCGCGACGGAAGCGAGAAGCCUGUGCCGCCGCUGAUGACGCCAAUCAAGCCCAAGAAAAGCCGUCGCGGGGCGUCCUUCUUCAACAAGUUCCUGCCCUCGCGGCGCGACUCGGACCCCAAGGCGCGGCGCCAGGGCAGCUCGCACUCGUCGCGGUUCUCGCGGCGGUCGGACCAGUCGCUGAGCUCGCGCGCGGGGUCGACGGACUCCGAGAAGGGCGGCUCGCCGCGCGAGUCGGUGUCGUUCUCGUCGCGGCUCAAGAACCCGCUCUCGCAGGGGCUGCCGUUCGGCGGCUCCGAGAAAAAAGCCGCCCCGUUCAACCUCGACCUCGACACCGAUAACGAGCACAUGGCGGAGAUCACGAGGCUCUCGAACUCGCGGCUGUCGCGCAUGGGCUCGACGGCCAGCAUGAUCCCGCAGCCGCCGCUCGAGCGCACCGACUGGCGGCCGCCCGAGAGCUGGAAGGUGAAGAACACGCGCGAGAACUCGGACCCGCUCGCGCACUACCCGGGCAUCCAGGAGCGCUCGAGCUCUGUGUCGUCGGCGUCGUCGACGACGUCGUCGGGCCGGUCGCUGGUGCCGCCGCGAAAGGCGUCGGCCAUCACGUCGCCGUCGACCUCGAGUCCAAGGAGCGACAGCAACGUGGACGGCAGCAGGGAAAAGCGCGACAGCAAGAGCACGAUCACGGAGGAGACCGGGCGCGUGUACCACGCGAAGGAGCUCAAAGGCGCGUCGCGGUCGUCGGUGCGGAUAUUCAUCGGCGACAAGAGCUCUGUGCUGCCGUGCACGUUGGACACCACAUGCAAGGAUGUUUUGGACUCGCUGCACCGCAAGCGCUUCCUGAAGAACGACGAGGACCACAUCAUCGUGCUCAAGUGCGGCGGGCUGAUCCGGACGCUGUCGCUGGACGAGCGGCCGCUGAAGAUCCAGCGCACGAUGCUGUUUCUGUACGGCUACACGCAGCGCGACAACCUCGACUACAUCGAGCGCACCGACCUGAGUUUCCUGUUCAAGUUCGUCGUGCAGGACCGCGGCGUCGAGCUGAUCAGCAACGAGCGCCGCCGCAUGAUCAACCCGCAGAACGUCGACCUCAACAACUGGAACUUGCAGGAUAUUCCGAACUUCCUGUACGCAGAGCCGAUCGUCAGUCUGGACGUGUCGCAGAACCCGUCCUUCGAGUUCACCAAGGAGUUCAUGCAUGACUGCCGCAAUCUUCUCCAUCUGAGCUUCACGCGCAGCGGCAACCCGAAGUUCCCGACGCCCGUCGUGUACGCGCCGCGGCUGCAGGAGCUGAAUCUGGAGGUGAACUAUAUCAAGCUGAUUCCGCCGGAGAUCUCGAAAAUGACGACUUUGACAACGCUGAACUUGGCGUGCAACCGCAUAUCGACGCUGCCCGCGUCGUUUGCCGAGUUGCAGAGCCUGCAGAGCCUGAACCUGUCGUCGAACAGGCUCAAGAACAUCCCCGAGCCGCUCACCAAGAUUGCCGGUCUGAAACGGCUCGACCUCUCGUACAACAGCAUUUCCGAGAUUCCGGACUCGGUGGCCAACCUGGCUAACCUGGAAGUGCUGCAGCUGGCCGCCAACAAGCUGUCCAGAGACCUGCCGCCGUUUUUCCGGCAGCUCAAGACGCUGAUCAAGAUCGAUAUCCGGUUCAACAAGUUCGACUCGAUCGACGCGCUCAAGAACUUGCCCGCUCUCGAGGUGAUUCGUGCAACGGGCAAUAACAUCUCCGUGUUCAAGAGCAGCGCAGCCAACCUGUUUGAGGUCGAGCUCAACAUCAACCCGGUCACGCUCGUCAAGUUCGACCAGGUGAUGACCAAACUCAAGAUCGUCGACUUCUCCAAAGACAAGCUCACGUCGUGCUCGUUCGUGUCGAUGCUGCCUGCCAUCGAGAAGCUCACUAUGGACUACAACCAUCUGGUCUCGUUGCCCGACGACAUCUACAAGAUGAAGAACCUGACGUAUCUGUCUGUGUUCCGCAAUAAUCUGACCUCGCUACCCACCGCGAUCGGCUCGCUGACGAAACUGCGCUACCUCGACCUGCACCUCAACAACAUCAGCUUGCUGACGCCCGAGAUCUGGAACCUCUCGUCGCUCGAGUACUUCAACAUCUCGUCCAACUUGCUGGAGUUCUUUCCGGACCCGCCCGAGCAGUUUGUGCCGUUCACGGGCUUUUCGUCGCUGGGCCGCACGGCCACACAGGGCGCGCGCAACCACCAGUCGUCGAUUGUCGCGCCGGCCUCGAAGCGCCGCACGUCUGAGAUAUCCACCAUGACGAUAAACAACUCCGACAACGUCGGGCUCGAAAAGUCGCUCAAGGUGCUCAGUCUCAACGACAACAAGUUCACCGACUCGGUCAUCCAGACCGUCUCGAUGUUCAAGAACCUUGUGGUGCUCAACUUGUCGUACAACGAGCUAUUCGAUAUUCCGCCUGGCCAUCUGAACAACCUCACGAAACUGCAAAAGCUUUACCUCAGUGGCAACCAUCUUUCGAGCCUGCCCGUCGAUGACCUCGAAGCGUUCACGAAGAUGGACACGCUGCACCUCAACGGCAACAGGUUCCACACUCUGCCGGCGGAGCUGUCCAAAAUUACCAACAUGACCGCGCUCGACGUGGGAUCCAACAACCUCAAGUACAACAUCGGCAACAUCCCGUACGACUGGAACUGGAGCUACAACCCGAAACUCAUGUACCUGAACUUCUCGGGCAACAAACGGCUAGAGAUCAAGCCGCUGCACAAGCGCGAGGGUAUGGAGGACAGCUUGGACUCGUUCCUCGUGCUGAAGGACCUCAAGCUGCUGGGGCUGAUGGACGUGACCAUCACGACAGACCUCGUGCCCGACCAGAGCGUCGACGUGCGUGUGCGGUCGACCGCGUCGCAGCUCGGCAAGUACGGCUACGGCAUCUCCGACACGCUCGGCAACAAGUCGAGUCUCACCACGAGAGACGUGGUGAUCGAGCGGUUCCGCGGCAACUCGGACGAGAAGCUGAUCACGAUCUACGACGGCAAGAACUGCAGCGACGAGAGCGGCGACAAGAUCUCGAAGAUUAUCCAGGAAACGUUCGAGAUCCACCUGGCCAAGGAACUAGAGGGCCAGGACUCGGGCAAGACGAUCGAGGACGCGCUGCGUGCGGCGUUCCUCACGAUGAACUCCGAAAUGAGCAUCCUCAUCAACAAGGACAACUCGUCCACGUUCAGCUCGGCCGCCGCCCACCGCACCACCACCACCGACGAGCUCACGAUGGAGAAGGACGGCCUCACAGGAUGCUGCGCGACGGUGAUCUACAUUCGGGGCGACGAGCUGUACGUGGCCAACAUCGGCGAUAUCAUGGGCAUCCUGACCAAGGCGGACGGCGAAUACUCGGUGCUGACCAUCAAGCACGAGCCGUACGCGCCCGAGGAGUACGCGCGCAUCAGAGAGUCGGGCGGCUUCGUCACCACAGACGGCUACCUGGAUGGCGUGAGCGACGUGUCACGUGCCGUGGGAUACUUCAAGCUCAUCCCGCACAUCAACGCGGUGCCGAGUAUCUCCAAGUACAAGCUGACGCAGAACGAGGAGAUGAUCGCGAUCGCCACGUCCGAGAUCUGGAAAAAGGUGCCGUACGACUUGGCGGCCGACAUUGUGCGCCAGGAAAAGAGCAACCCGGGCAUCGCGGCCGAAAAGCUGCGGGACUUUGCGAUCUCGUACGGCGUCAGCGACAAGGCCACCGCGGUGGUGCUCUCGCUGCAGCAGUUCACAACGAAGCAGAAGUAUCACGAGCGCGGCUCGCUGCCCGAGGACUCCCUUCUGCGCAAGCUGGACGAGGAGAUCGAGCCGCCGACUGGCGAGCUCGCGAUGGUGUUCACCGAUAUCAAGAACUCGACGCUGCUGUGGGACACGUAUCCGGUCGCGAUGCGAUCGGCCAUCAAGGUGCACAACGCCAUCAUGCGGCGGCAGUUGCGGAUCAUCGGUGGCUACGAGGUCAAAACCGAAGGAGACGCGUUCAUGGUGUCGUUCCCGACGCCAUCGAGCGCGCUGCUGUGGUGUUUCACGGUGCAGUCGCAGCUUCUCACGACGGACGACUGGCCUGCGGAGAUCCUGGCGUCCGACCAAGGCUGCGAGAUCAAGGACGAGGAAGGAAACAUCAUUUUCCGCGGCCUGUCUGUGCGAAUGGGGGUUCACUGGGGCCGUCCCGUGUGCGAGCGGGACAUUGUCACCAAGAGAAUGGACUAUUUCGGGCCGAUGGUCAACCGUGCGUCGCGGGUCAGCUCUGUUGCUGACGGCGGGCAGAUCGCGAUGAGCACGGACUUCUACUACGAGUUUGAAAAGCUGCGCAAUUUGCACGAGCAGGUCAAAUCUGGGGCAGGCGAUAUCAGCCAGGUUUAUGGGUCUAAGACGCUGGGUCAGAUUUUGGAGAGCCAGAUGAACCAGGUCGACCAGAUCGGCUGGGUCGAGGAGUCGAUUGGGAGCCGCAAGUUGAAGGGGCUCGAGGCACCAGAGAAAAUAUGGCUUAUUUUCCCAGCCCAUCUCGCGCAGCGGCUCAAGCUGCUCACCAGAACAAACGGCGAGAUCGACAACCGCGCGGGCAAACUGCUCAUGGGCGGACUGACCGCCGAGGGCGUGUGGAAACUGCGGAAAUUGUCGCUGCGGCUGGAGAAAAUAUGCAGUUUCUGUGCCGGCUCUACCACGCAGCUCAUUUCGAACAAGUCGCAGAUCCUGCCGUCGGACCUGAUCUCGUCGUCCGCCGAGGAGACGUUCAUCAAUCAGAUCGCUAACGCAGAGAUGGAUCUGCUGCUGUUGAUCGAGCACGUUGUCACAAGAAUCGAGAACGCCGUGGGCAUUUUGACUGUGCGCAAGUAUGCCUCGCCAGAUGAGGCCAACGGCCUGCUGAUGGGCUCCAUGGACGAACUGUACCGCACAAUGCGCGUGCUGGUGCACCAUGCGGAGGAUACUGCGCGCGCCAAGAGCCAGCGAAUGGAGGAGCUGCCAGAGGAGUCGUCGCAAGACGGUGCAGAGCAUGUAAAUUAA